GUUGCCUCCCUGACUCCGCCCCCCGGCGCUCCACUCAUGUUAUGAAAGCAGAGCAGUGGGUGUGUUACAUACGUACUCCACCGCCUGUUAGACUUGUAAACAGGUAAGAUAAACCGAUUUAUUAUUUAUGUAACAUAAACAUUAAAUCAUUUUCUAAUUUGCGCUGAACUUACUUGAUAAAUUGUGUGUUUUUCCCUCGUGCUCUGUGCGGUUGUAGUCUUUGGUGUUAGGCUGCUCACCGUCUGUUCCACACAACUCACACAUGUAACACCAUCACAUGCUGCUGUCAGGACAGAGUGUUCUCUCGUUUUGUUCCAGCUGAGGACAAUCGUUAUUCAUGCAUUUUAGGAAAACACCUGAUGCUUUUGAAACACUGAAGUGUAAUCUAAGUAGGUCUGUUACUCAAAUGCUGAAUUAAAGUUCAGCUGGAAGGUUAUUUCACUUUAUUUCACAUUGUCUCUCCAUGUACUUGUGUUGCUUCACAUGAAAUCAGUCUUUUAGAUGACCAAAGGAAAAAUCUGACUGUUUAACAAAAACAUGUUUGAUAUUUUAUGUUUUUAAAAUAAAACCUAAUUAUUUUAGGAAAAUUGCAAUCCGAUGUUUUAAUGAGGAGGUGCAAAUUCAAUACUAGUAAUUAACAGCAUUCUUAAAAUUGCACUAAAUGCAUAUAAGACAAGACUGUUUCUAUGUCUUUAGUAAAGUCUGAAUACUAUUUGCAUCUCUGCGUACAAAUCCCGUACAAAUCCUCCAUUGUAAGUGUGUUGCAACCUGACUGUGCAGCUUUACGCCGUGACAGCUGCUGUCAGUAACACAUUACCUUGCAAAAUCCCUCGUGCAAAGAAAGACUAUUAAAAUAAUGUAUUUAAGUGAAAGUCCAGUUAAUUUAAUGACAUUUUACCCACAAUUAAGUAAAACUACCAGUCUGGUGAUCUCCUUAAGUGAAUUAAAAUAGUUAUAAAUGAGUCUUAAUACAUGGUGGUGAGAGUAGGAAAAGUAAAACAUCCCCUCAGAUUCUUUAAAAGCUUAUUAAUGUGUUGUUGACACUGGCCUGCACCCAUUUAGAGUGAAGUGGAGUGGAUAUUUUUGCCGUAUCUUUUGGCCAGUAUUGUGCUUCUUAGACAGUCCCUGUACUCUCAAGCCAUGGCUGGCUGUGCAGAGAGGAGUUUGUUGACUGGAAUCAAACAAAGGCAACAAGCAAGAUUUCCUUGAAACUAGAUGUAAUGCAUGUUUCGACAAAUUUGUGAGGAAAAAUUUGGGCUAAAAUUCCCAGAAACCAGAUCUUUAUUGGGGCCUUUAGUAAAUGUAGUUUAAGUGCAAUGAGAUUUGCAGAGAGUUUUUGCAGUUAAGACAUCAACCAGUCAGCCGUCUGUCAGGAAAUUGGUGGAAAACUUGUCUGUUUUUAGCAUUUUAUUCCUGUGCUACUGUAGCAGAAUUAAAUACUUUCCAUUUAUAAUACUCAAGUUAAUCUGAAAUAUUGGUUUAAACAUUUACAGCAGCUAAAUAAGUAAUUUGCUCCACCCCUGAGAAAGAGGUAGUAUGAAGUCAGACUUUUUGUUCUCUUGAGCCAGUUUUAACUCACACAAGUGUCCCGGUGUUAAUCUGGGACGCUUGGAGAGAUACUGUAGAGAGGAGCGGAGCAGGUGCAAAACAAGUUUGCCUGCAGUGCCAACUUGUCACUCGUUAAAAACAUUUGGCACAUCAUGACACAAAAAUACAGCUGACCCUGAACUGUUAAGCAGCUGAAAAGUGUUGACACAUUCUCAGGAUCCCAAAUAUUUCAUAUCAAGUUUAUGGAGAAAUGAAAACUUCACGGUCCUCACAGUACUUUGUUUUCCCUGCAGAUUCACUCCUGUCCACAAUGCUUCGAGUCACCACCGCCUCUCUAUGCACCUACUGUCAGAGGAUGAGGCUCUUCCUGCCUCCCUCUGUGUCCGCCUCCACGGUGCCGUCUCCAAACAAACGCCUGGAAAACCAGCACAUCGUGGACUCCCUCUACGAACUGUCCGUGGACGUCCGGAAGGUGCGCAAGUUUAAGGGCUGGGUUCUGUCUGAGAACUCUGCCUAUGUCUCUGAAACUGCUGACCUGCUGAGGGACAUGGGUGCAGACUCUAUGGUGAUUGCCCGCAUCCUGGAGAGUCAUCCUGAAGCUGUUUUAUGUCUUCCCGAGGAUGUGGCCGCCCAGCGAGACCUUUGGGUGACCAUCUGCCCCAACAAGCGUGAGCUGGUGGGCAUCAUCGAGAAGUUCCCUGGGUCUUUCUUCACCGUAACUCACCACAGUAACCAGCGGGCAAACAUCCUCUACCUGCAGCGCCUCCGCCUCAGCAAGAGGAUCAUCGGGAAGCUCAUGGCGAGCGCCCCGCAGAGCUUCAGCCGGCCUGUGGAGAGGAACCAGGAGGUGAUCCACACUCUGAGGGAGACAUACCUGGACCUGGGCGGGGAUGAGGGGAACCUGCGGCUCUGGCUGCAGAAGCUCCUGAGUCAGAAUCCGUACAUCCUGCUGCGCCCGGCUGAAGCUUGGAGGGACAGUCUGGGCUUCCUGAGGGAGCAGGGGUUCACCACAGAGGAGCUCCUCAACUUGGUCUCCAGUCUCAGAGCUUCCAUCGCUGAGCUGCAGCCGGAGAGCAUGCAGCAUGCACUGGCGUACAUCGAAGACGCCCUUUCCUGCACUAAAGACGAACUCAAAGAAAUUGUAAUCCUCUGCCCGGCGGUUUUGUACUACUCCUUGCCAACUUUAGCCGGGCGCUUCCAGGGGCUGAUGGAUGCAGGGAUGACCAUGGAGCAAGUGAAGGAGUCUCCAAACGUACUGGAGCUCACCACACAAAUCGUGCUUUACCGCAUCCAGAAGUUGGCGUCUUACGGAUACGACGUGCGCUUUGGCAGCCUGGAUGUUAUCGUGGGGACUAAGAAGGACUUUGAGAUGACUUACGGGAAGCUGCAGCUGAGGCAGCAGCGACCACUUUUCAACCCUGUCGCUCCCCUCAGAUCUGCAGAGGAGUAACUGUCUGAAUUUCUCCAUGUGCUGCUGUUUUACUAGUUUUUUUGAAAGGAGGAAUAAAAAGGCUGUAAGCUGAUAUUGAGAAAGGGUUUACAGCUGAUGCAAGAAAUGUGAAGAGAAAAGCCAGUUUGAAUACUACUAAAGAAGGAGUUUGAGCCUUUUGCGCUCAUUUUGGGUCCUUUUUAGUUGAAUAUUAAGGCACAGCUAAGGGCUCAGUAAGGUGACUGAUGAGAGCUGACACUGCAACAGCCUGAACAAUCUUCACUAGAAGGACCAUGCUGCAAUUUCUUCUCUUGUGAAGAUUGUUCAGGCUGUUGCAGAUCAGCAACUCUUACCGGCCACCGUAGUUCAAGCCAAACUAGGACUACGACUGUUAUGGAAACAGCUACAGUACUGUAUUUUACAUUAAAAAAAGGAGGAGGUGCAAUCUGAGUUUUCAUAGUUUUUGGAAGAGAUGCAACAGAGAAUGGCUGCAACUUCUGAAUGAAUGAAUGAAUGAAUGUAUCAUCUGAGUAAUAGACGAUUAGGGAUGCAGCAACACUGAUAUUUCCCACAAUUUUCAGACACUUGAGAAACUUAAAGGUACAGUGUGUCGUUUUUUAGCAGCAUUUCGUGAAAUACAACACAAAGAUUGUUUAAAUUGGUGUCUAAUCAGGUGACUAUAAAAAUGCUUUUGUUUGACUUCCUUAGAGUUGGGCUGUUGUACCUAUUCACUGCCACGUUUCCACAGCAGCUUACAAUGGACAAACAAGUGCUAGAUCAUAGCAGUAUUUAUUGUAAUAUGUGACAAAGUGGUUGAAACUGAGGGAAAAUUUGGAUGCAGGUUUAUUAAGCAUAUCUUAGUAUUGUUAUUUUUUUAUCCUGAGUGGAUAAAAUGUUUAGUUGAUCAAUCUCUAGAGGCAAAAAUUGGUGAAUAUUUCAAGGAUGUGAAGUACUGUUAAAUCCUCAGGUAUAAAAGUCACAGUCAGUAGGAAACAUUCAAGUUGUCUUCCUUACACUUCCUUCAAUUAAGUGAAUUGACAGUGAAGUCCACAAUGGACAUUUUAUGUGCAACUGUGUAGCUCUUUCUAGCUUCAUCUUUUUUUUCGCUAUCCUGCGAAAAAUGUACAUGUGGUAAGACAGAAUAGAGGAGAGAAGAUAUUUUUGAUGGUCAAAACUUGGCAAAUGGUGAACCAUGCUUACCAUGCAGUGUUACAGCAGCUUCUUGUCCUUGAAGGGCACCAUCACUACACUAGCAGGGGUGAGCGGGGGAGUUGUUCAGUGUCAAAUCUAACAGCUCGAUAAAUUUCUACACACUGUACCUUUAAAAAGUCGACAUGCUGAUAUAUUCUGUAGUUGCAGCCUAUAAACUCCUCCAUAAUAUGACUCCAGUUUUUCAUUGCCAUUGUUUUAAAUUGACUUUUGCACAAAACCAAAAAGAACAACCAACUUCACAUGGUAACAGACAUCUUUGUACAUAAGAUAUGAACAUAGAUAUAAGAACAAUAAUCAAAAAAAUUACACUUACAGUCAGUUAAUCAGGAGUGUAAUAAUCCAGAGUGCAAAUGGUGCAAUGUUUGGUGACAUGUUUGGUGUAAUGUGACAGAUUUUGUAUUCACUUGAGUUGAAGAUGAUGGUAAUAUCUACAUGCAAAAAAAGUUAUGUAUCGAAACAAUGAGUUUCUAAUUUACAGAUUUGGUGAAUGUAAAUGAUCCUGUGUACCUGGUUUAUUCUGGACAGCCACAGGUCUUAAGUGUUACUUUUGGACUCUUGACAUGUCAAAGUCCUGAAUGUAGGGCAUCGAUGAUUCCCACUACAGACCUGUCUGCUGGUUCCUCUCCGUUUUUGGUCUUCCAAGAAAAACAGACUGAAAAAUAUCAGUGUCUGAACUUCCUGAGCUUCCAUCUCCUCUGUUGGGCCCUCUACACAAACCAAUGUUGCAGUAAAGAAGAGUGGGAACGAGAAUCAACUUCUGCCUGUUUUUCACUGAAUUCUAAUUUACUACUGUUCACAAAUAAACUCAUGUAAUGAGAAAUAAACGCCACGUUCAAUUUGUAUUUCUGCUGCGUCUCUUUUUCAGCCGAGGAGUCAAAGAAGAGUGACUCAAUAGAAUUGGUAGCAAAACUAGGCAGAACACCGGCAAACAAGCUAACGUGUAGUUUACAGAUGUUACCGUGAAUGGACACGAUUUAAAGAUAAAUUACUAGAAGAGAGAAAAAACGUAUAUCAUACCUGCAUCAACAUUUGAUUUAGUCAAUUCAAUUUGUUGAGAAAUAACUAAUUUAUGACAGAGAUAAUUGUCUGGUUGGGCUAACGGUCACAUAGUCACAUCCACACUCCCUGUAGCUAGCUAACGAAGCUAGCUA